GCAUCCGAAACACAGCCGGACACGAACCGAGCAACGGCGCUGUGAGAGGACAACGAAAAUAUCCAAGACCUUUGCAAAUGAAUUCAAAAUACUGUUAAUGAAUUCAAGACUUUUUCAAGGCCCUAUUCUGACCAUGUUAAAUUCAAGGCUUUUAAAGACUUUCAAGGCCGUAUUUUGAUCAUGUUAAUUCAAGGCUUUUAAAGACUUUUAAGACCCCACAGGUGCCCUGAAUUAAUCUGACUGUGUCUCUGUUCAGACGCUCCGUCCAGUCCGAUGGUCUACCCCAGAGACGAGGUGGAGCUGACGGAGAAGAACACGCUGAUCUGUCUCGUGACGGGUUUCUAUCCGGCUCCUGUCAAGUUCUCCUGGACGAAGAACGGACGCAACGUCACCGAAGGAACCAGCACCAACGUCCCCCUCCUCAACAAGGACGGAACCUUCAACCAGUUCUCCAGACUGGACUUCGUCCCACAGCUGGGAGACAUCUACAGCUGCUCCGUGAGACACGUGUCCCUGGACCAACCACAGACCAGGAUCUGGGGUGAGACAACUUUAUUUACAACCACUUUCAACACAGACAGACAGAGAGACGGCUGAGGGACUGAAGGACAG